UGUUCGCGGUACAGAGGAUGCGCCCGUCCUGCUGCUUCUCCUCCACUUGAGAGAAGAGGAGCGAGCUUUGACCUGAGCAGCUUCGCUGGAAGCGCGCUGAAGUUGUGUUUCUGAGCGGUGUUUGUCGAUGCAUGUGGUGUGUGUAAAGAAAAGGCUGAAUCUGUGGUGGUAUUCUGGGGAUGUGUAAACUGUCCUCCAGCCCUGAGUCUCCUCAGCCUAUAGGAGCUGAAGUGCAACAAGGGCUGCUAAGAAUGGAAACUCCUUGAAACACAGCAAGGCAAAAGGCUCCAUAAGAGUGUGUGCAUUGGUCGCACAGUCGCCAUGGCUUUGGUUCAGGUACUGCCCGUGCCCUCUGAUCACCCACAGUCCAGUGUCGAUAUUCAGCAGUGCCCGCCUGUAUCGCACUCCCCACCCACAGGCAGCAUGGGCUCGGUCAGCAGCCUUAUUUCUGGACGCACUUACCAGGAACGCCACUGUCGCGCUGUCAGCGACUUCAGCGCCAGGCUCCGCAAGCCCCUUCCUGCAACCAGCUGUUUCCGGCAACAGGAGGGCACACUGAGAAGGGCCAGCUCUCAGGAGGAGCUCCUCGACAACCAGCCUCCUCUGCCUGUCAAGAACAAACCCACUACCCUCACGACUGCCGGCAAUGGCAACUAUGGAUACAUGAGUGAUGAAGUGGUGGGUGACUGGAAUGAUAACCAUGUCAAAGUGGGCAGCCCAUGCAGUGAUACAGAAGAAACACAGGACAAUCGAGGAAUUGUGAACAACAGCAACAUUGGAGGCCCUCCACCAAAACUCAUCCCUGUCUCGGGCAAGCUGGAGAAAAACAUGGAGAAAGUUGUAAUCCGACCAACUGCCUUCAAGCCUGUAGUACCCAAGAACCGCAACUCAGUGCAGUACCUUUCCCCACGGCCAGGAGCCAGUCUGUCUGAGAGUCAUGGAAGCCUCAACCUUUUACUUCCAGGAGGAGCAGGAAUGUUGUGCACAGAUAAACGCAACUCAUACACUGGUGGUCGCAACGCUCGCAACAGUCAGACUUGCAGUAUGUCAGACUCUGGCCGCAAUUCACUCUCCAGCCUGCCCACAUACAGCAGUACAGCCUGCAGCCUGGUGCAGAGCGAGGGACUGUCCACAAGCACAGAGUCCACACGGCCCACAGGUGGACACGGCCACACUAACUCGGACAGUGGCCGUUCCUCCUCCAGCAAGAGCACAGGCCAGCCACUUUCAGACAGUGGAUCAUGUGGACGUUCCCCUGCUCCCCCAGAGGGGUAUGAGAGCAUUAUUCGUGAGCUGGAGGAAAAGCUGAGAGAGAGAGACUUGGAGCUACAGCAGCUCCGAGAUAACCUGGAUGAGAAUGAGGCAGCCAUCUGCCAGGUGUAUGAGGAGAAGCAAAAGCGAUGUGAGCAGGAGAUGGAGGAGCUCAGGCAGAGCUGUGCAACUAAGAUGAAGCAGGUGCAACAGAAAGCCCUUCGGGCCCAACAGGUGCUACAGCUGCAGGUUUUUCAGCUCCAGCAGGAGAAGAAGAAGCUGCAAGAGGAUUUCUCACAGCUUCUGCAGGAGCGAGAGACACUGGAGAAGAGAUGUGCCUCCAUUGAAAGAGAGCAGAACCAGCUAGGACCACGUCUAGAGGAGACCAAGUGGGAGGUGUGUCAAAAGUCUGGUGAAAUCUCCCUGUUGAAGCAGCAGCUGAAGGACGUGCAGGCUGACCUGGGACAGAAGGCAGCUGAGAUUGUGGCCUUGAAGGCCCAGCUGCGAGAGGCUCGCUCUGAGCUGCAGGCCAGCCAGGCACGCUCACACGAUGCCCAGGCAGCAGCACGAACUCGCACACUCGAGCUGGAAGUAUGUGAGAAUGAGCUACAGCGUCGCAAGAGCGAGGCAGAGCUUCUACGUGAGAAAAUGGGCCGUCUUGAAAUGGAGUCAGCCCGACUCAGAGACAUGUUGUCGUUGCCCAGCAAUAAGGGCCAGUGCAUGAGCCUGCCUCUGCCUCAGAGCCGAGUUGGUGGCAGUCUGAAUCAAGUCCACAGCCCUGCUUUCCGGGAGGUAGUGGAGCCACUGCCAUUGUACGAAAGUGAUGUCACCAGGGUGCAGCAGCAGAGUACAGAUGCUCUGCAUAGCCUGCACUUGCAAGUAGAUCAACUGCGCACUGAGCUGGUGUUGGAGAGGAGGCAUGGACAGGAGCAGCUGGAAGCCUUCGAUGAGGAGCGCCGUGUCUGGCAGGAGGAGAAAGACAAGGUGAUCCGCUACCAGAAGCAGCUACAACAGAAUUACAUCCAGAUGUACCGCCGCAACCGGGAGCUGGAACGUGUCAUGAGAGAGCUGAGUCUAGAGCUAGAGAACAGGGACAUGGAGGAGUUUGACAUGCGCCAUGACAUCCGAUUUGAGGAAAUCGCAGCCACUGAGAUCUAACGCGCAUUCAGAUUGUUCUCAAUUGGCGAACAAUUUAAAUGCACCAUGUCAUCCACUGUGUCCUCAAAUUCACUGUGUUUCUUUAAAGAAAUUACGCCCCCCCCACCCCCCCACAGACAGAGAAUUCAAAUUGUUCUGAAACACUGCCUGACUUCCACUGUGUCCUUUAUAGUGCACUGAUCACUAGAGCACCUCCUCAGAACCUAACCAGGGUGGAUAUGCAGCCCAGACAUUAGUACUUCCUGAACAUCCUAUUCUGUGACAGUUGCAAUUGCCUUGACUUUUCUACAGAGAAUGAGAAUCUGGGGAACACAUUUAGAUGGAGAAAAGAGGGUUUGUGUUCCUGAAACAGUUCCUGAAUAGAAUGAGUGUCUCCUUUGCUGGAUUUCAAUCUGAAUAUGCAACUCCUGUUAUGUAAAGGACUGAGAUCAUGUGCCGUGUUUAAACACAGUAACGGCACUAAUGGGAAAAGAGCACCUGCACUAAUGGACUCUCCUCCACUUCUUGCUAUCAGCAUUAAUAUUAAUGUAACUCGAAUCCGGCACGGUCAAGAUCUAGAGCUGAAGUGCGUUGUCAGGGCACUCAAUCUGCUUUUCGUGCAUUCAGUCUUAGAGUCAUUCUUACCAGUAAGUAAGACACACACACACACACAACCAUCUUUUGUGUAGUGGCUGUUGUUAUGUCAGGGUGCAACACAAAGACAGAGAAUAACAUCUGUCCUGUCUGUCCUCAGAGCGUACUGGGUGCUCAGCAUCUCAAUAAUAAUCACUUUAUCUAGAAGUACUAUUUUUUUAUGAUGGAAUUUGAUAUAGUUUUUUUUCCAUCUUCCUUCAUAGAUUGCACAAUGCACAAUAUUGUGAUGCACACAAGAGUGUGAAUGGCAUGUGUGCAUGUUACAGUACUAUACUGUUGUCAAGCUGUCUGGAGAUCACUCAACUUACGUAUGCACUAGUCAGCAGUGUCUUCGCCCACAGUGGGUGGAGCCAUCACUGUGAUUAGCAUCAGAGACAGGACAAAAGAUUCAUAGAUCUUAGUUUAGAGUUGCCUACAGCUUCUGAAAUCCUAAAAAAGAAAAUAAUAAUCAGAUCUGAGGGGACAUACAAUAUAUACACAGUAUACACUAUUUUUUUUCUUAUUACUGAACAAACUCUUUAAAAUAUGUAGCAGUGGAAUAUAUUUUAUAUAUUUUUAUAUGCAUAUAUAGUGACUUAGCCUAUUUUGUGGUAACAGUUGAACAGUUUUCUAUCUUAUAAACUUUAAAUCAGUGGAGUCAUUUGCCAUGCGCAUAUUGUAAGGCACUUUAAGAGUGACUGCUUAUAUUUCUGCAGUGUUGCUAUGUAGAUUUCAGUGACUGGGAGGAAAUUCCACUCUGUUACAACUUUGGAUGUUAGGACAUUAGGAAACAUUGUUUUAGGAAUCAUUACCAAGUGCCAGACACCGCCAGACACAAUCACCACUAAUUUAGCAUUCUCCAAAUCCUCAGAGAACAAUGAUUCGUUCCAAUUCCCAUCUUUGUAUGUAUUAUUGGGCGAAUCAUUCUUCUAAGCUGAUUCCUACUGUCACUGCAACUGAUUCUCCAUCAGUCCACUGUAGCAAAGUUGCUUCACAUUCAUCACAGUUAUAACAUUUAUAUUAUCUCUGUUCCAAACAGUUUGAUGCCAAAAAGCAGUAUUAAUCAAAAGCUCUGGGCAUUUUUGCUUCUGGUCAAAUCAUUUUCAUAAAACCUUUCAUUUAUAUUUCAUCAUAUAAAUCUAGUUCUGCAUCCGCCGACUCCUUCUGCUUCAGAGAUCUGAUACAGCAGAGCAGCACAGCCAUGACAUGAGGAGUGAUACUUACCCUUUAAUCAAUAACAUAGCAUACUUUUCUCUUCCUGAUCAGACUGUUUGCUUUCUUAUAUGUCUCUAUUACAUGGUUUGUGUAUACUUUCAGCAGUCUUCCUUUAUUCCUCUUGUUUUUCCACUGAAUACUUCAUACCUAUGAUUGACCCACGUGUAAAUAUUCCUAGUAGUGUAUUCUAAUUUUUAUGUAUAAUAUCUCUGUCAAAGGUAUAGCCACUGGGAAUAGACCAAAGCAAAGUAACAUAAUGUGUUUGUUUUUCUUCUGUCUUUUAUUCAUGUGUGUUUUUGUGUGUUUUUUUUGGUCAUUUUAUGUUUGU